CGGCCGAAGGGGCGGGCUCGAGGGCCGAGGGAGCCUAAGCUUCUUGCGGCUCGCUCGGCAGUGCAAGAUGGCGGACAUCUCCCUGGACGAGCUCAUCCGGAAGCGCGGGGCUGCGACGAAGGGGCGUCUCAACGCCAGACCAGGAGUCGGAGGUGUUCGAUCUCGUGUCGGGAUCCAGCAGAGCCUCCUCAGCCAGCCAGCCCGCACUGCCACUUUCCAGCAGAGAUUUGAUGCCCGGCAGAAGAUUGGCCUCUCGGACGCCCGGCUCAAGCUGGGAGUUAAGGAUGCCCGGGAAAAGCUUUUGCAAAAAGAUGCUCGGUUCCGGAUCAAAGGGAAAGUGCAGGAUGCCAGAGAGAUGCUGAACUCGCGCAAGCAGCAGAGCACGGUGCCCCCGAAGCCCCGCCAGGUGGCCGAUGCCCGCGAGAAGAUCAGCUUGAAGCGGAAUUCCCCAGCCACCUUCCUGAGCCCACCCAUCGGGACAGUGACCCCUGCCCUGAAGCUCACCAAAACCAUCCAGGUCCCCCAGCAGAAGGUCAUGGCACCGCUGCACACCCAUCCUGCUGGAAUGAGGAUCAAUGUUGUCAAUAACCACCCGGCCAAACAGAAUUUAUAUGAUUUGGAAGAUGAUGAUGACUCUGUAGCUCCCAUUCCUAGUAAACAGAUGAAAUUUGCAGCCUCGGGUGGCUUUCUCCACCACGUGGCCGGACUGAGCAGUUCCAAGUUCUCUAUGUCUAAGGCCCUCCCUCUCACCAAAGUGGUUCAGAAUGAUGCAUACACGGCUCCUGCCCUCCCCUCCUCUGUUCGAACAAAAGCCUUGACCAGCAUGUCUCGGACACUAGUGAACAAGGAGGAGCCCCCGAAAGAGCUCCCACCUGCUGAGCCUGUCCUCAGCCCUUUGGAAGGCACCAAGAUGACCGUGAACAAUCUGCACCCUCGAGUCACUGAGGAAGACAUUGUGGAGCUUUUCUGUGUGUGUGGAGCCCUCAAAAGGGCUCGGCUGGUCCAUCCCGGGGUAGCAGAGGUGGUCUUCGUGAAGAAGGACGAUGCCAUUACUGCAUAUAAGAAGUAUAACAACAGGUGUUUGGACGGGCAACCCAUGAAGUGCAACCUUCACAUGAACGGGAACGUCAUCACCUCAGACCAGCCCAUCCUGCUACGGCUGAGUGACAGCCCCUCAGUGAAGAAGGAGACUGAGCUGCCUCGCAGGGUGAAUUCUACCGCCUCAUCUAACCCUCCUGCCGAAGUGGACCCUGACACCAUCCUGAAAGCGCUCUUCAAGUCUUCAGGGGCGUCUGUGACUACACAGCCCACAGAAUUCAAAAUCAAACUUUGAGCUGGAGGGGCGGGAGGGUGAGGCAGCCAGAAGCAGGGGCAGAGGAGGGUGGCUCUGUUUCCUAAAGCAAAGCUUGUGACCAAUGGGCCGUUGGACUGGAGGCCCCUGAGCGUGGGAAGGGUCGCCGGGGGUAGAGCGCUUCCUCACUGGACGGGACCCACCUUUCUGUGUUGUGUUCUACCCUGUGCUCUUCUGUACGUUAACAUUUCCUGUAGUCUAUUUCUUCUCCCUCCACCUCAUCACCAAGGUAGGCUUGUGUUGCUCAGUGUCUCUCCCCCUCAUCUCAGCCCCAGACUGAUUUCUUGUUUGAAAAUGGUACCCUAAGUUCUCUGGAUGGCUUUCUUGUGGCCCCGUGGAAUGCAGGGCAGGGGCCUCUGUGAAGGACACCUUUUUCUCCAGGAGGCGAGGAGUUGCCUCCCCCUUUCUCUUUUUUAAACUUUCAAAUGAAGUGGGGAGUGGGAGCCCCUGCCCUCCUAGUUCCGGGAAGCCAGGUCAGCUCGAGAGCUGUGCCAGUCACCUGCCUGGUCAUUGCAGGUGGCCCGGGCGGGGAUCAGGCCACAGCCCUCUUGUCCUUGCGUCACGAUUGGCUCUAGACAGUGUGGUCUGGAGAGGGCCAUGUGGCAAGGGCAGGUGAGGCUGCCACUCUGCUGGGAAGAGCAUCCCCAGUCCUUGCUGCGCUGUCUUCUGGCGGCUCACGGUCCGUUCUUGAGUUCACGUCUCCCUGUCCUUGCAUCCUGCCGUGUGCCCCACCCCAGCUCUCAGCCUUCUGGGUCUCAUUGCCAGGAGAAGUGUGCAUCAUCAGCCCUCCCAGUUCUCACCUGGCACAGCGCUUGUCACACCUGGUUUGGGUGCAAAUGCCAGCUCUCUGCUAGUUGGAUUUUUUUUUUUUUUUUUUUAAAGGUCUGCCUCUUGUUUUGUGACACUGAGGGUCUGGGGAUUAUUUGAAUGGGAGAUACUGGCUUGCUCCUGGCUCUUCCUUUCUGGCCUCAGAUGCCUACAGGACAGUAGGGAUGCUGAGAGAGGCACAGAUCCACCUGCCACCAAGGGGCACUGUUCCCAGUGUUGUGACUGACCCAUCCUUCCAUGACCAGAGGGGUCUUUCCCUGCCUUGGCAGUGAAGGGCGCAGGGAGUGCUGGGUGGUAGGCAGUGUGUGGAGAGAGCAGAGCAGCCCUUCCAGGUGAGUUGGGGCAGAACUGUAGCCCCCAGGGGCAGCCCCUAACUGAAUACCAGGACAGCAUGGCGUCACUGGCCUCCUCAGUCUCCUGCUUUGUUGGGACUGCAGAGGGAAUCCAGGUGGCAGACCUGGAGCGAGUUGGGCAGCAGGGCUCGGGGAGCUCUUCAGAAUCAGUAGCAAGUGAGCACUGUGAAAGGCACGAGUCUAGGAAGUAGAGGGGACCUGAGACACUUAAGAGCCUUUUGUGGCCUGCUUGCGACCAGCCCAGUGAAGAAAAAUCUGGAAACUCAUGUUUCCAGAGUUCGGUCUGUAAGCAGGAAGGACCCAGGCUUUGAGCACCGUUCAGUCCUCCAGCUCUAAGACUGCUCAGGCCUUGGAAGUCAGUGGGGGGUACCUGAUGGCGCUCCACCUUCUGGUUCUUCAAAGAAUGCUGUUUUUGUUCCCUUGUUCCCUUUUCCCCCUUGGAACGGGUGCAAACGCAGCUGGAAGACAUUCCUCCUACACUUGCCCCUUCCUGAUCCAUGAGAACACCUACAAGGCAGUAGGACCUGGUUUCUCAGGUACUGGGGACAGUUGGAUCACUGCUUGGACUCUGCUUCAAGUAGGGAUGGUAAAUAUCCUGCCUGCAUGGCUUUACCCUCCUCUCACCCCUCCUCCCCCUCCCCCCCCCCCCCCCCCCCCAAGUCCCGUGCCAGGCUGCUCUGGCUAUCACAGAGUUCAUGAGCCUAGCUGCAGCCUCCUGGACCCUGUCCUCUGGGUAGCCAUAUGGUACAUUACAGGGUGGAGCCUAUUUGCCUCCCCUGCUCUACAGGGUGUCAUCAUGGGAAAUGGAAGAGAAGGUGGUGGGCCAGUCCUUGGCGUCCCUCUCCAACUCCCACCCCUCCGCAUUCCUCAUGUGUAUCUCUUGUUCAAAAGGAGAGGAAGAGACAUUAAGGGAUGGAGGAAACUAUAUGUUACUUACCCAUUUCUGAAUAAAUUUGU